AUCUGGUAUGCUGUCUAACAGGUUUGUGACGUUUCAAUGAGAAAACAGCUCAACACUGUAUAUCCUGGCGGUUUGAGGACAGACGUCAGCUUAAACAAGUUCAGUUUGAAGUGACCCUCCAUGUCUCUGAACCUCUAGCAGAGAUAGUGGUAUUGUUCUCCAGAAAGCUUGGACAGGUGGAGAGGACUGCAGCCCAGUAAGAGGAAACAGCAUUGGACAGUUGUUUGCUUCAAUGGCAGCCUUGUGGGCGGUGUGGAUCCCUGCGCUGUCCCUGCUGCAGCUGGCCCACUGUGCUGUCACCUUCAGGCAUGCUCCAGGACAGCCAGUGCUGUUGGAUGAACAGUCAGCGACCACUUUCCUGUCCCGCUCGCUGCUCUAUAACAGCUGGGACUUUGAGCUGUUGAUAUCAGACAAUCUGGAGAGAGAGUGUUACGAGGAGAUGUGCAGCCAUGAGGAGGCCAGAGAGGUGUUUGAGAACGACGUUCAGACGGAACAAUUUUGGGCCAAGUACAUCAACAGUCAAGAGUAUGCACCCAGAGUGGAUGUGUCAGGGCUGGUGGCAGGGAUCCUGGCUGUCCUGGUGUCUGCUGUUAUUGCCACCGUGCUGGGAAUCUACUGCUACAAAGCCAAGCAGAAGGGUGGGCGGACGUCGGCUCAAACUCCAGUGAGGAUGGCAGCAGACGGACGUCCAGCCCCGGAGAUGGUGCCCCUGGCUGGGAUCCCUGCUCCAGGUCUACCCAGCUACAAUGAGGCUCUGAACCGCAGCGGGCAGCAUGAUGCCCCCCCACCACCUUAUUCAGGGGGGGCGCCAUCAGGGCCCGCUGAUCCAGGAGACAACGAGUAAAGGCUUGGCAGAGCCUCCUCAUGUGGCUGAUGGGAACUGGUGGUUGGACUCAACUUUUAAACACUGCAUGUUAUUUUUAUGGAUCCACUGUAUUUAUGCGUAACGUUAGGACCCAGUCCCAGGAUGCACUCUGCUGACAGUCUGAUCUGCAUGUUGGCUGGACUCAGAUACAGAUGUGAGGAGGGUGGGGUUCAUUUCUGUGCUUUGACCAUUCACACAGCCUGUAAGGUACUUUAGAGCAGAACAAUCAGUUCAUAAUAAUGGUUAAUCAAGAAAAGUCUGACAUGUUUUAUACAAUAAAUUAUGUAACAGUC